AUGUUAAAUCUGCUUAAAUCAUUAAAUAUUAUUUCUCCUGUAUGGAAUGAUGCUCCUGAGCCUUGGCAAUUAGGAUUCCAAGAUGGAGCAUCACCUUCAUAUGAAGGUAUUGUUGAAUUACAUGACCAAAUUAUGUUCUACUUAGUAAUUAUUUUAUUAGGAGUAACUUGGGUAUUAUCUUCAGUUGUUUUAAAUUUCAAUUCUAAUAGUAAUAAAAUUGUUCAUAAAUACCAUAACCAUGGUACUUUAAUCGAACUAAUUUGGACUAUUACUCCAGCUUUAGUAUUAAUUGCUAUUGCUUUCCCUAGCUUUAAAUUAUUAUAUUUAAUGGAUGAAGUAAUUGAUCCAGCUAUGACAAUUAAAGCAUUAGGACAUCAAUGGUAUUGGUCUUAUGAGUACUCUGAUUUCGUGAAUGAAGAUGGAGAAUCAAUUGAGUUUGAUUCUUAUUUAGUUCCUACGGAUGAAUUAGAAGAAGGACAAUUAAGAUUAUUAGAAGUAGAUAAUAGAGUAGUAGUACCAGUAGGUACUCAUAUUCGAUUCAUUGUUACAGGAGCGGAUGUAAUUCAUUCUUUUGCAGUACCUGCAUUAGGAUUAAAAAUCGAUGCUAUCCCUGGACGAUUAAAUCAAACAUCUGUUCUAGUAGAGCGAGAAGGUGUGUAUUACGGACAAUGUUCUGAGAUUUGUGGUGUACAUCACGGAUUCAUGCCUAUUGCAGUAGAAGCUGUUUCUUUAGAGAAAUACUUAGCUUGGUUAAAUGAGCAAGCCUAA